GAGAAAUAUUUUUUUUUUAAUUUUUUGUGGUUCUUUAUAGAAAUAUGGCUAAUUCCAAAUAUGAAUAUGUCAGACAGUUUGAGUUGGCGGACAACAUGCUGCCAAACACUUGGCUGGUUGUUCGAGUAGACGGACGAGGCUUUCAUAGAUUUUCUCAAACUCACAACUUUGAAAAACCCAAUGAUCGUCGAUCGAUCGAUCUGAUGAAUCGUUGUGCUAUUGAAGUCAUGAAGGAUAUCAAGGAUAUCACAAUGGCAUAUGGACAGAGUGACGAAUACAGUUUUGUUCUCCCCAAGACGACCAACCUGUAUUCACGUCGAAGCAGCAAGAUAGCAUCGACGAUCGUCUCCUUAUUUGCGUCCAACUUUGUGAUGCACUGGUCAACGUAUUUUGGAAAUGAAAAGCUACAGUACGCACCUUGCUUUGACUCUCGCGUUGUGUGUUAUCCUAAUGAUCAAGUCUUGCGUGAUUAUCUCAAUUGGCGUCAAGCAGAUUGUCAUAUCAAUAACCUUUAUAAUACCACUUUUUGGGCCUUGGUCAAGUCAGGCAUGAAGGAAUCUGAAGCUGAGGCUAAACUAAGGGUAUACUUUUUAUUUGUAGGUGUGUGAAUAAUACUUAGUGUUUUCCGUUAGGGAUCCUUUGCAAAGGACAAGA